CGAUGCGGCUCCAAUUUUGAAUCCUUCGCCCCACCACCACCGCACCACCGACCGUCCCACCGCCGCACCAGCACCAGCACCAGCACACAUCAACCCACGCACGCAGCACGCACGCAAUGCUCACACUUCACGUCUGGGGCCCCGGCUUCGGCCUGCCCAGCAUCGACCCGCACUGCCUGAGCGCAAUCGCCUACCUCCAACUCGCGGUCCCACGGGGGGAAUGGCAGAUCAUCCCAUCGAGCAAUCCGCACCUAUCGCCUAGCAAAACUCUCCCCGCCCUGCAACACAGCACCGUCUGGUCCACAGGCCUUCCGCAGAUCCUCGACUACAUAACGCAACUAUACCCCUCUCUCGCGCCGGACUCCCUCUUUUGCGCGCGGGAGCGCGCGCAGAUCACCGCGUUCACGGCGUACGUGCAAUCGCGCGGCGGCGAGGUGGUGGACCUGUCGCUGUACGCCGACGAGAAGAAUUUUACCGCCGUUACGAGGCCGGGGUUUGCAAGCUUGCUAGGAUGGCCCGAGUGUUACUACUAUCCCACCGUUGAGAGGAGGAGGGCCAGGGGCAGGACGGCGCAUUUGGGUGUUGGGCUGGGAGGGGCGGGGGAUGGGGAGGGGGCGGGGGGAAUGGAAGUGCUGGGCGAGACGCCGGGGGAGCGGGCGGUGCGGGCUGCGCGUGCUGGGGGUGGGGCGGGGGGCGUGGAGGGGGAGGUCGGGCGGACGAAGCGCGAAGUGCAGCUUUCGCGGGUAUGCGCGGACUUCCUCUCGCCGCUGGCACGGAUGGUCGCAGACAGUCCGGGGCCGUUCUGGUUCGGCGCUGCGCCGAGUAGUCUCGACUGCUGGGUGCUGGGGUAUCUCGCACUGCUCUUGAUCCCAGAUAUGCCGCAGGACUGGGCAAAGAGCGCGGUGCAGCGCGAGCCCAGGCUCGCUGCCUAUGUGCAUGAUAUGCGCGCGAGGCUGCUGGAGGGUGUGGUACUGGGGAGGGCCGAGAGGGGGGAUUUGCCGUGGCUCGGGGGAGUGCUGGUUGAUGAAGUUAGGGGCUGGGUCGGUGGCCUGUGGACUCGAGGCGACGAGGAGUGGAGGGAUGAUGAUCCUAUGCUGGAGGAGAGGAAGCGGCGCGCGGUACUGGCCAGGAGGAGGGAGUGGUGGAAGAGUCUGGGGUUCGUGCUGGGUGGCGUGGCGGGCAUGAUGGGGUAUGUCGUUUGGAGCGGGAUUGUGGCUAUUGGCGGGAGUGGGGCGGAGGAGGGAGAGGAGGUGGUGGUGGAGGUGGAGCAAGAGGACGGGGAAUAGAUCUAGAGCCAGACGACGGGCGAUGGGGAUCGUUGCUGUGCUGUGGUGUAUGAAUGUAUGUACUUGU